AUGCAAUUUCCAAAUCCUUUGUUAGAAAUGAAAAUCGAGAAGAGGAUAGAAAGAUCCAUGAAAUAUAUUAGACCAGAUUCAACUCUAACCAACAAGGAUGAUUUCGUCAAUACAUUAAAGGAUUUACUCCUACAAAGUUCAUCAAUCCAAGAAUAUGAAGCGAAAAUUACUCCUUAUAUUAAAAGUCCCGACAUAUUUGCACAAAGGAUAUUCGAAACAUAUACAAAUCAGAGCUUUAUUACAGAAAAUAAAUUAGAUAUUUUUUCAUACGCACCGAAACUUAAAUAUUUCUCAAAUAAUCAUAGUUACAUUGUAUAUGUUGCAGGAUUAGAACCAUUUCAGAACGAACCAAUGGAAAUCUACAAAGAAUUUAUCAAUUUUGGAGAAAUUGUUGCAAUAACAACAGAUAUUGAAAACAAUUAUGCAUUAGUGCAGUUUAAGACAGCCGAGAGUUGCUUUUCUGCAGUUACUUCCCAAAAGAAAUUUUUUUACAACGAUUUUAUCAAAGUGGGAUAUGCCACAAAUCUCGAAGACUAUAUGGAAGAUCAAACUCAUGAACAUUCAGAGGAUCUUCACAAACGAGCUCAAAGUAUUCAUGAUUUUGCUGCAAAAUUACGAAAAGAAAGAAAUAUCAAAAAUUAA